AUGUUAGAACCACUCCGUCAAAGAAUCGCCAUCGCUUCUCGCCACAAAAAAGCGACUCUAGAAGCUGCACGAAAAAUUGAAUAUUCAAAGGCAGAUAGGUCCGUCGCUGCCUAUACUGAACUGCUACAACUCGUGCAAUCUUACUAUGACAAAACAAUCAGAUCUUUAAACACUUUACAAACUUAUGGACACAAGUAUGCUACAUUUUUGCAAUCUAUUCGCGAAACUUCAACCUAUCUUGAGAAAGCAAAAAAUUGCAAGAAUUUUGCUUCAGCAUUUCUUGAUAUUAUUGAAGAAAUUCAAGACAAUCUAGCCGAUUUAUCUAUGCACCAAGCCGUACUCUCUACGGCCUCCAACCGCUUAACCGUUACUCCAACUCAACCUUCAGCAAAUCCAACAUGCACCAUACAGCUCGAGCUCCCCACUUCAAAAAUACCAAAAUUUGUUGGAAUGACUGGAUAUUCCAUGACGCCGGAAGACUACGGUGUUGUGAAAAAUGCACUGCAACUGCACUAUGAAAAUCCCGCGCUGCUUAAAAAGAAGCUGUUUCAGAAGCUUCAACAAGUGCCGCCCACCAAAGAUUUGCGCAAAAAAAUUGCAGUUGCGCAACUGGAACCUCAAAAACCUUGCAACGAAAUUGAAGCAAAAGCUCUUGUGAGAGAAAAAAAAGCCCAAAUACUGUCUACUUCAUUCGUCCGCUCGACAAGCCCUGCAAAUACACGUGCUCAACUCCACGAGUCCUCCAAAAAAACAACAGUUGUCACUUUGACACCAGAGGCGACCGAACGAACACCAGCAGACUACAUCCCCAAGUGUGCAUUCUGCCAAGAACAACAUUAG